UUUCUUCCUUCAGCCAUUUGAAUUUCUCUGCUCCUUUUGCUUUUUCCUCCGGAUUCCCAAUUCUCCGAUCAAAUUCCAUAGCUUCCGAUGGAAACUCCGUCGUCAAUCAGGCGCGUCACCCGAUCUCAGACUCUCGCCGCUGCAACUUCCGUCAACAACAACAACAACUCCGUCUUAAACGGCGACAACAAUGGCGCGUCGAAAUCCCGGCCGAGGAGUCGGAAUCCCCAAGAUUUGGCAAAGGGGCAAGAUCGAUUGGCGCUUAUCGACAUAACCAACGACUCUCCGAUUGUCGGGUUGGCGUCGGGGAACUUGACGACGCCRAUAUCUUCCAUUGCGAAACAGAGGAGCGGCCGGCCCAAGAUGAUGACGCCUGGUUCAGGGGAGGCCUUACUGAGAGGCCAAGUGAAGACCCUUCUGCAGAAGGUGGAAGAAGAAGCUGAAAUUUCCAAGCUUUCAUUGGAAAGCCGGCCGUUUGUUCAUCUUCAAUCGCCGGCGGGACUUCUCGCCCCGACUCCGGCAAACACGCCGCAGAUCUUGAAUAUGUCGAUUGAUGGAAAUCUAAGCAGUUCGGCAAUAGAUAUUCCCAUUGUUGAAGAAGAGCUGAUUUCUCAGGUGCUAGGCGAUAAGAAACAAGAAGAAAGCCAGAUUACUAGGUCUCUACUACUAGAUUUCUCUGAAAAAUCAGAGACAAAUGAUGAUGCUGCCUUAUCAGAUUGCUCCUCUGUUCUCACCCGUCAAGAGAAGUCAUCGCCGUCUCGAGACGACGACAACUCUUCUCUCUGGUCUAUCCAAGUGAAUGCAAGCCACAAUGGCGAAGAUGAAGAAGAAGAUAUGAUCGAAGAUGACGAAGAAGAUGGAGAAGAGAAUGAAGAGGAAAAUGACAAUGAUGAUGACGACGAUGGCGAUGAUGGUUUAGAUGAAUUGUGCCGAGGAUUGAGUAGAAUAAGCGUGAAUGAGAAUGGGAAAGCAGCGGAAUUUGCUGGGAAACAUACGAGGUUCGUGUACGAUACCGACGAUGAACUGAUUGAGGAAGUCAGCGACGAGAGCAGCGGCGGGGUUUCGCCGAGCAUCGUGCGGUUGAAGGGGUUCCCGACGCCGAAAGGGAAGCACUUGAGGUUUCCAUCAGAGGAGGAAGAAGAAGAAAGCUGAAGAUUCUGAGUUUCUUCAAUCAAAAUUUGUAAUGUUGUCUUUCUUGACAACAGCAUUUGGUCAUUGGUGGUGGUUGUGAGGUUCCUGUUUUGUUGGUUGAUUGACAUUUUUUCCUUGUUCAAUUAGAAAUUCUGUUUUUUCUUUUAA